AUGACUUGCAUUUUUUGUCACGUGCGUACUCGCGGCGUGCGAGCGUCAAAGUUUACGGCCAGACGGCCUUACACCUGCCAUCUAUCCGAAAUCGAAAUGGCGGCGAGAGCGCCGGAUGGAUCGAACUGCAGCUACGAGGUGAUGAAGGCGAGGCACAAGGAGGCGUACGGCUACCUCACCCGGGCCCUGCAGAUUGACGAGGCUGGCGAGGGAGACAGAGCUGAAGCCAUUGACAUGUACUCCAAGGGAAUAACAGAACUGGAGAAAGCAGUCGCCAUGUCAGUCCACACCACCGGGGAGGAGGAAAAGAAGAAGGUGGAGGACAUGAGAAAGGCGAUGCUGAAGAACAUUGAGAUGUCUCGGGAGAGAGUGGGCAUUCUCUUGGAAGGAGGGUCUCUGGUGGGCUCAGGGCGAGGGAGAAGAGUGAAACACCAACCCACUGAGUCCCUCAGAUCUGUCACUCCACGACAACCAAUCAGGAGAAGACCUUCCCCGCCUACCAGCAGACCAGCUCAACACAAGAAGAAGAGGCCGGCGUCAACAUCUUAUAAUUCCCUACCACACCCCUCCUCCUCCUCCUCCUCCUCCUCCUCACCGACUCAGACAGACACCACACACCCUUUCUCCCACAUGAAGGGAGUUGACUCCAAACUUGCCGACACUCUUCUCAACGAACUCUUGGAGAAAGACACAAAGGUCUCCUGGAACGACAUUGUUGGCCUGGAACUGCCGAAACAGACUCUGCAAGAGAUUGUCAUUUUACCGUCCAUCAACCCAGAGUUGUUCACGGGACUGAGGGCCCCAGCCAGAGGUCUACUCCUGUUUGGUCCACCUGGCAAUGGAAAAACCAUGCUGGCAAAGGCAGUUGCUCACGAGUCAAAUUCGAAAUUUUUCAAUGUCGGUGCAUCUUCUCUCACCUCGAAAUGGGUGGGAGAGGGAGAAAAGCUAGUGAGGGCGCUGUUUGCUCUGGCAAGGGAGCUCCAGCCUUCCAUCAUAUUCCUGGAUGAGUGUGAUGCCCUACUGGGGAGGAGGGGAGAGGGAGAGAACGACGCAAUGAGAAGACUCAAGAACGAGUUCCUCCAGUGUUUUGAUGGGAUGACGGCAGAGGCUGGGGAGAGGAUUCUGGUCAUGGCUGCCACCAACAGACCGCAUGAGUUGGACGACGCAGUUCUGAGACGGUUUGAGAAGAGGAUUUUCAUCCCUCUCCCUAGCCACGAGGCUCGUAAGGGGGUAUUGAAGAAACUGGUGUCCAAACACAAACACAAACUCUCAGAGAGCCAGUUGGGGAAGCUGGCUCAGGACAUGGACUGCUACUCUUUCAGUGACAUCACAGCUCUUGCCAAGGAGGCAGCUCUGGGACCUAUCAGAGGAAUGGACUACAACACCCUAAAGAGCAUAUCUGCGGGAAAGGUCAGGCCAAUAGAGUACAGUGAUUUUGAGAAUGCCAUGGGAGUGGUGAGACCAAGUACUUCAGUGGAACUGCUGCGAACACUUGAAGAGUGGAACGCCAGAUUUGGUGUUUCCUCUGCGUAAACUAGUGCACAACACCACCAACUUGAUCACAGCUUUAGUGCAGUUUUGUUGACAUGAUGUAAUUGUGACAAU